CUCGCGCGCUCUCGGGGCCGCGACCGCAGCGGCCCCGCCACUCCCCCCCCCGGCGCCCGGGGUCGGCGGCCCAACAGCAGGGGGCGCCCUCAUGGGAGGGGGCGGGGGCGGGGCGGAGCUCCCGUGCCCCGGACCAAGGCGGGCGGCGGACGAGGCGACUGAGGAGGAGGAGGAGGAGGCAGAGGCAGCGGCGUCCCGGUCCUUAACCCUGUCCCGGUCCCGCGGCGGCCCGAGGAGUGAGAAGGGCCCUCGGCGCCAUGAAGCUGCGGGUCCGCAUCCGGAAGCGGACGGCGCCGCUGGAGCUGCCGGGCGCGGAACCGACGCUCGGGGAGCUGCGCGCGCACCUGCGCCAGGCCCUGCUCCCCGCCUGGGGCUACAGUUCUGACACCCAGUUUGAAGUGACACUGAACAGCAAGGAUGCCCUCACUGAAGAUGAAAAGACCUUGGCUUCCUAUGGGGUCGUUUCUGGGGACUUGAUCUGUUUGAUCCUUGAAGAGGCCACGGAGGGAUCUCCCAUAGCUCCACCUUCAAAUGCAGCACAUUCCUCGUUCCCGAGUAAUCACAAUCGGCCCUCUUUGGCCACCAGCCAGAGUCAGUCCAGCCGGCAGGGUGAAGAGCCAGAUGACGCCCGUCCUCCUCAGGCAGCCCGGCCUGCUGUCCAGGGGGCAGAUAGCACGCCAGGAUCUGGUCUAGAUUUUGAUUCUGGGUUAAUUCAGGAGGAUGUGGAGAUGGAAGAGGGCACAGGCUCCUACCCCACGGAACCGAUGCUGUGCAGUGAAGCUGUGGAUGGCCAGGUGCCACACUCCUUGGAGACGCUGUACCACUCAGCUGAAUGCAGCAAUGCCAACGAUGCCCUGAUCGUUCUAGUGCAUCUUCUGAUGUUGGAGUCUGGCUACACCCCCUUGGGGACUGAAGCAAAGGCCGUGUCCAUGCCCGAGAAGUGGCGCUCAGGAGGCGUCUAUAAGCUGCAGUAUACGCAUCCGCUCUGUGAGGAUGGCACCGCUGCCCUCACCUGCGUGCCUCUGGGGAGCCUCGUCGUCAUCAAUGCUACAUUGAAAAUCAACAGUGAGAUUAAGAGUGUGAAAAGAUUACAGCUGUUGCCAGAGUCUUUUAUUUGCCCCCAUGAACAAGCUGAGGAAAACGUGGCCUGCAAAUACAAAGACCUCCAGAAGCUGUCUCGCCUUUUUAAAGACCAGCUGGUCUACCCUCUUCUGGCUUUUGCCCGACAAGCUUUAAAUCUGCCCGAUGUGUUCGGUUUAGUCGUCCUUCCGUUGGAAUUAAAACUGCGGAUUUUCCGGCUCUUAGACGUCCGUUCAGUCCUGUCUCUGUCUGCAGUUUGUCGUGACCUGUUCAUUGCUUCCAACGACCAGCUCCUGUGGAGGUUUAUGUACUUACGGGAUUUUCGAGAUUGUGCUGUUAGACCUCGGGACACCGAUUGGAAAGAACUCUACAGGAAGCAAAAACAGAGGAGAGAUGCCCUGAGAUGGAGACACAUCAUGUACCUGCCCCAGCCCAGUCCCUUCUACCCCGGCCCCUUCCCCUCCGGCCCCUUCCCCUCUGGCCCCUUCCCCCCCAACCCCAUAUAUCCCCCAGGGAUCAUUGGUGGUGAAUUUGACGAGAGACCGAUGCUUCCUUAUGUUGGGGACCCAAUCAAUUCCCUCAUCCCUGGCCAACACCCAGAAACACCGGGCCAGUUCUCUCCGUUCCGACCUCAUUUUGAUCCAAUGGGCCCAUUUCCGGGGCCCAAUCCUGUCCUGCCAGGGCGAGGUGGCCCCAGCGACCGGUUUCCCUUCAGGCCCAGCCGUGGUCGGCCAACUGACAUCCGCCUCUCCUUCAUUUGAUGUUUUUUAAGCCCAUUUGAGCUUGCUUUAGGUUGUUUUAUUUUCCCCUUAAAACAACAGUGUCAUCUCCUUGGGGCUGCAUAUCCUUAGUGUUUUAUCGUGGUUGUGCACCCCUGGGCCCUUUGAUUAGGCCUGCCUCAAGUUCCCUAUGGGGAGCGCUCUUGGAUUACCGGAUUGCUGAAGGUUCCUUGAGAAAGGGGAGCAACUUAAGAAGAAGAGGCAGCCGGGGCUCCCUGUUCUCUCUUCCCCAUUCUCAGGACGGUGUCGAAGUUACAAUGUGCUACAUCAGAUAGAUGGCUUAACAUGCAAAGUAACACGUCCGCUCUGACUUUUCUUACAGAAAUAUGUAUAAUAAAUAUUUAGGAAACCUUCCCAA